AUCCAACUACUAACUGACCCUAACACACACACCCAAGCUAAUUUGGUCUCUGUAGUUCUGUUUGUCCGUGACAUCACAGUUAGGCUGAGGCUGAGGCUGAGGAGGAUCAUUGUCAAUUAGUAUGGGGUUGUUCAAGAGCGAGGCUCGUGUGGUUUACGAGCCGGCGAGCCGAGUUGAUGUCAGUCCGGCCAGUUCUGAGGUCUACUUGCGAGCCAAUGUCAAAGCUCCUCGUAUGGCUGGAUUUCUGGCCAAAUUGUUCGCCUGGUUUUUGGAAUCGCGGAUCUUUGGGACCAUGUUGUUGUACAUAUUGAAAAGAGAUAACUUGAUCCAUAAGUUGGUUACAAAUGCUGAGCUCGAGGAAUCACCGGUCUAUGUUCCCUUACAUCCUUUUGAUGAGAUUGAAGAACAAGAUGUCAAACAUGUAGGGUCUGACUUGUCACCACCUGAAUUGGUUCAACAGGCAAUUGAAUGUUUACCUGUAUCCUUUGAUAAGGAAUUAAAUGGUUCAAACUCUUCUUUCCGUUAUUGGACAAUAUCAGAUUAUUCAAGAGCCUACAAGUCUGGAGAAAUAACACCUAAAUUGGUUGCAGAGCGUCUUAUAGCUGCCAUCCACGAGUCUUCUAAUCCACUAUUUAAGAUGUCAUUCUUUAUUAAUUACAACACUGAAGACAUUCUAAAGCAAGCAACUGAAUCAACUCUGCGGUAUGAAAAAGGUGUGCCUAUUUCAGCCCUAGAUGGGAUCCCAAUUGCUAUCAAGGAUGAAAUAGACUGCAGACCGUAUCCAACUACUGGUGGAACGAAGUGGCUUCACAAAUUCAGACCUUGUACAGAUGACGCGUGCUGUGUCAAGUGCCUCCGACAAUGUGGUGCCAUACUUAUUGGGAAAACCAAUAUGCAUGAACUUGGAGCUGGUACAAGUGGGAUAAAUCCGCAUUAUGGGGCAACUAGAAAUCCACACGACCCCAGCAAAAUCUCUGGGGGUUCUUCUAGUGGAUCUGCUGCAGUGGUCGCCUCUGGAUUAUGCCCUGUUGCUCUUGGUGUUGAUGGAGGAGGAUCUGUGCGGAUGCCAGCAGCUCUUUGUGGUGUUGUAGGUUUAAAACCAACGUUUGGCCGAGUACCUCAUUCUGGUGUUCUUCCUCUGAAUUGGACGGUCGGGAUGGUUGGAAUACUAGCAGGCACUGUUGAGGAUGCUUUAAUAGUUUAUGCGGCAAUCAUUGCCCAAAUUUCGCCAAAUCAACCCACAUUAUCCCCCAAAGUAUAUUUUCCUCUACUGAACUCAGCAAAACCUAUAUCGGAUAUCAAAUUGGCAAAAUAUGGUGAGUGGUUUAAUGAUUGCAGUGAUGAGAUCAGGGAAUGCUGUACCAAUGCCCUAGACAGGCUUCACAAGCAAUAUGGUUGGAAGACUGUAGAGGUGACCAUACCAGAGAUAGAGGUGAUGCGGUUGGCACAUUACUUGACAAUUGGAUCAGAGUGUAGCACUUCGCUUAGCUCUCAUCUAGAAAAGUUGGAUUUCAAAGAAUUAGGGUGGGAUGUAAGGGUAGGACUUGCUGUGUAUGGUGCUUUCAGCAGUAAGGAGUAUAUACAGGCUCAGAGAAUUAGGAACCGUCAGAUGCAAUUUCACAAGAAUUUGUUUUCUCAUGCAGAUGUCAUUGUUUCCCCAACAGUAGGGGUAACUGCAUACCCAAUUUUGGAUGAUGCUCUCAAGACUGGAGAACUUGACUAUAUAAAUGGAGCUGCACUUGUUCGAUAUUCCAUAUCCGGAAAUUUUUUGGGACUACCAGCAGUGACUAUUCCGGUUGGAUACGAUAAAUCAGGUCUGCCAAUUGGUCUUCAGUUGAUUGGAAAACCAUGGUCUGAACCAACAUUAAUUCACAUAGCCUUUGCAGUGCAGAACCUUUAUGUCGCUGAUUGCAGAAAGCCCCAGGUCUAUUAUAAUUUGCUGAAUACAAAUUAAGUUGGCUAAGGAAGUCCAAAACACAAAAGAAUGUUACAAGUUUACAUAUACAACAAGUAAAAAUGCCAUAGUGUCUAUUACUCGUAAAUAAGGACAUUCCAUACUCUUUGAGGAAAUAAUGUUAUCACUUUGUUAUUUGAUGCCCUUAAUUAAUUUCACUAGUUUGACAUUUUUAAAGAGAUUGUAUUAAUUCGGAGUUUUAUACAAUUAUCUUAUGAGAUGAAA